AUGGCAGGGAGCUUCCCCCCACAGCAGCCGCCGGUACAUGACACUGUCAAUACUAGCGGGCCUACCGUUCCAUCCGAAGCAAGGCCUUCCCCAUUCGCGUCCGGCCCUGUAGCUAUGAUUAAUCAGGUUCGGCCUGGUUUUGGUGCCCCCGGUCAGUUUCCAGGUCACGCGGUACGCGCUACACCGACGCAACUAUCCACGCCGCUGGUUCCGCAGCGACAUCUAUCGGCGUCAAUGGCUAGCGCUUUAUCUGAACCCCCUCCGUCACUCUUUGCUGACAAGCCUCCACACCGACCAGAUGCUACGUUUGAUUUUCUCGGACAAGCUACACCACCAUCGGCGAUCGACCUUUUCGGGCAAACUGCCCCUUCAUCGUCUCAGCGGUAUCGAUCUAGUACCGACCCAUUUGGAAGCCCUACUGGGAUAGUUCCGCCAUUUUCGAUGCAACAAUCCCACAGUGAGAUGUCAGGGGAUGCUAGUCGAACGUUAGCGGAAGACCUUUUUGGCCCAAGCUCUUCUUCUGGACAGCCAAGCCAGCAGGACGCUUACAAAAAUUUGUUUGGCAGUCCAGAAAAAGUAUUGGUAUCUAGUUCGAUGUCGUCACGGCACUCACAUCGAACCCCUUCGCAGAGUUCGAUGUCAUCAUCAUUUAACAGGUCCCAACCCCCUUCUCGAACUGCACAAGAAUAUGCGCCGUAUCAACAACAGCAACAUUCGUCAUUGCGUCCGUUUGGACAAACACCUCCUCCUGCUGCACCAUUUCUCGGAUAUGGGGACACCGCUCGGUCGCAGUCGCUCCGAACUUCUUCAUCAUCAGCGGCAACACCUGGAUUACGCAUGCCAGACGCACAAAGCGCCUCUUCCCCGCCAAAGUCGGACCAUGAUGCAACACUAUCAUCCUCGUCAGCCUCUCCAAUUACGCUCAAAGCUCCAUCCUCGGACAAGCUGGUCGACGAUUUUUUUAAAAUGCCAGUAGAUGAAUGCUUUGCGACCCCUCCCGCAAACAAGCUCCUUCUAGCAGACAUCCCAGACACUGUGGAAGGCUUAGAAGUGCUGUACGCCCAGAAGCGAUGGAAGUCAUUGACGAAAAAAUCGCUAUCAAUGCUGCAGAGCCCGUCGAGAGAUGUCAACUUGACGCUAGAAAUCAAGUCCUGGUGGCUUGCCGGCCUCAUUAAAGAGGGUCACUACGAUAAUGCAACCAGUGUGCUGGAUCAGAUUGGAAACCUUGACGAAAUAUCAAUAGCGAGUGGGGUAACCCCGUUCGUGCCUAUCCGUCUGCUCCUCCUCCAAGCGCUACUAAGCAAAUGUCAAGGAAAAUCUACAAUGCACGAGAAGCAGCUGUUCCACUUGAACACGCGACUGCAAAGCGCAAUUCAAAAGAAUGAGACGAUGCCUCGUCUGGGUGUCGAAUUGAAAGUGGCUGCACGGUGGCUACGAAUCGCACAGUUUGCGCUCGCAAAUCAUCUAGUGCAUCAGCAAAAGUUCAUGCUGGCCUUGCGUAUCUGUUCGCAGAUUGAUGUUAGCUUUUUGGACGAUAAGGAAAAAGUAACCGUAUUGUCCCGAGUGGGGCGCAUUCGUCUGCAGAUGGGUGACCUGGCGGCUGCAGAGAAGCUGUUUAAGGCUGCUCGCGAUCACACUAGCCAAGUGAAAACUGGUGUUGGCAAUGACGGUGGAGUUCCGACAAAUUGGGUGAAAGAACUAGAAGCACGCUUGCUUUUGAAUGACGGUUUAUUGUUUUUUGCGCAGAACAAGCUGCAAGAAGCGCUGGGCGCGUUUAACUCCAUUCUGUAUUUGCGAAACACGCAAGUCUCGACGUCGACGAACUCUGAUGCAGAGAUUUUCCUUGAUGAAGAUAUUGUGUGCUCAGCCGUCAAUAACUAUGCAAUCUGCGCACUUUACUGCUGCGACGUAAAGGCAGCCGUUGCUGCGCUUGAGCGAAUGAUCAGGUCAAACCCGCAGCGGUUUCUCAAUGGCGUGGUCGCGUUCAACCUCAGUUCACUUUACGAUCUUCUGUUUGACAACGCCACGAGCAAAAGUCGAAAAGAAAUGAUGAAGAAGAUCGCCCACUUAUACGAUCUUGAGCAUGUCGACCCGGCAGCUUACCGCAUCUAA